AUGGCACCGCUCAUACAGCAGGCUGUGCCACUGUCGGCGGAGCCAGGCUUCCUGGACAGAUGGCCUGGCAAUGUGGAUGUCUGGCUGGCAGGUAUUUGCGGUCUUCUGCCCGUCGCUUUCGUGCUGGGCUGCCUCUACAUGACAAGGAAGCAGCCAAGAAGAGGAGGCUGCAGAGCGGUCCUCGAGGGCAUACAGGUGACGCUGCUCCUGGUGAUCACGGGAUCCUUUCCAUUCAGCUGUGCAGAAGCUGUUGCAGGGAGCCUCUCCUGCGCCUCAGCAGCCGUGAUCGAACUCGGCUCCGGUUCAGAGCUUCUGAGCACAGGCUUGGGCGCCCCCGACUCCAUGCUGCUUCGGCUGCAGGCACACUUCGUUGCCCUAGCGCUGGUCUUCGCUUGGUGGUCCGCAACGAACCCUCUUUGGCCAGGCCUUUCUGACGGCCUGUGCCACAUGGAUCCUCUGCUCCGGGAUUCGGAUGUUGUGCAGUGA